AUGGCUGCUGUAGCUGUUCUACGCAGUGAUUCCCUGCAAGCAUUUCUCCAGGAUCGCACUCCAAAUUCUUCCCCUGAGUCGGCCAAGCAGUCUCCUCUGGCUCUUUUGGCUGCAACAUGCAACCGGAUCGGACAGACUGGGUCAGCUCACACUGAUUUUUUCCAGAUCCCAUACGAUCCAUCUCUGAGUUCGCCGUCUCGCAUCUUCCACCCCUGGAGUAACGAGAUCCCGUCCAACCCAGGCGGGAUGCCAUCCCACUCCAGCCUAGCUCUAAGUCCUCCGAAAGUUCAUCAGCUACCGCCACAUCUUCAGACGCCCUACGGGUCACAUGAACUUCCUCUCACUCCACCGGCGGAGCCGUCUUAUCCGUUCGAACUAUCCCCCGUCAAGAUGCUGCCUUCAUCUAUGCAGACCUUAGCUUCGAGUUGCCAGCCGACCUAUGUCCCCGCUGUCACCUAUGGCACAUCAACUCCCAUCAGUUCAGCGAUGACAGGGUUUGUUCCAACAGGAUCCACCUUACUUUCACAUCAGCACAGGCACAUGUCUCCCAACCAAGUAGAGGACGUACCGUGGUGGAGCAUUCAACAGUGCAGCAGUGUCAGCCACUCCUCGUCCAUUGCUCCACAUCGCUUCCCUCUGCAACGUUCCUUGGUCUUGGGACAUUCAGAUUUCGCCCAGUACCAAACUCAGAUAGCUGCCCUUCUUCAUACUAAAUCUCCACUGGCUACAGCCCGGAGGUGCAGAAGAUGCCGCUGCCCCAAUUGCCAGUCAUCGAGCAAUGGAGACGAGCCCGGCAAGAAGAAGCAGCACAUUUGCCAUAUUCCGGGUUGCGGGAAGGUUUACGGCAAGACGUCUCACCUGAAGGCUCAUCUGAGAUGGCACACUGGCGAGAGGCCCUUCGUCUGCAACUGGUUGUUCUGCGGCAAAAGUUUCACUCGGUCGGAUGAGCUGCAGAGGCAUCUGAGGACUCACACUGGGGAGAAACGCUUUGCGUGCCCAGAAUGUGGCAAAAGAUUUAUGAGAAGCGACCAUCUGGCCAAGCACGUUAAAACACAUCAAAACAAAAAAUCAAAACUUAGCGUGGAAAAUGUGAAAAGGGAAGACGGAAAUAUGUUAGGGCACAACUGA